AUGGCCUCUAAUAACUAUGUGCAACCAACGAUUCCACGUUUUGAUGGUCACUAUGACCAUUGGAGUAUGCUCAUGGAGAACAUCCUGAGAUCCAAAGAGUAUUGGAAGGUCAUCAAAUAUGGUGUAGCAACACUAGGGGAUACAAUAGCUCUGACAGAUGCACAACAAAAGGAACCAGAAGGUAUGAAACUGAAGGACUUGAAAGCCAAGAACUAUUUAUUUCAAGCAAUUGACCGAUGUAUCCUAGAAACUAUUCUUAGGAAAGAUAGUUCCAAGGAUAUAUGGGAUUCAAUGAAGAGGAAAUACCAGGGCUCUUCUAGAGUUAAGUGUGCUCAACUCCUAGCAUUAAGGAGAGACUUUGAAGUUUUACAGAUGAAGGAAUGUGAAGCUGUUACCGACUAUUGUGCAAGGGCCAUGGGUAUUUCCAAACACAUGCAUAUCCAUGGUGAAAAGAUGAAUGAUACAACCAUUAUUGAAAAACUAUUGCGCUCACUAACACCCAAGUUUGACUAUGUGGUGUGUUCCAUUGAAGAAUCCAAUGAUCUAGAUGAGUUGUCCUUUGAUGAGCUUCAAAGCUCCUUGCUAGUUCAUGAACAGAAGUUGAAGAGACGUUUUACGGUAGAAGAACAGGCCUUGAAAGCUUCUAGCACUUCCCACUUUAACAGAAGAGGAAGAGACAGAGGUCAAGUGAAAAGAGAUUGUAACAGUUAUGCUAACACUUUAAUUGAUCUUUUCCAGGAAAAGGAAGAGGUUGAGACCAUGAAAAAUCUAAGGCUGCCUGACCAUGACAAAUCUAAGGUAGAAUAUCUUAGAUGCCAUCGAUAUGGUCAUCGUGUUUUUGUAUGUUAUAUUAAGUUGCCUAAUUUCAAAAUGAAAAGGGAGACCUCAAGUUUUUGGGAAGAAACAAAGGAAUCAAAAACUUUGUUGAUGGUUGUCCAUGAAGGAAAGAAGAGUGAACCAGAAACCUGGUUCGUGGAUAUAGGCCGCAACAACCACACGAGUGGAAGUAAGUCUUCUUUCUUAAAUUUGGAUGAAAGUUUUCAGUCGACUGUUAGUUUUGGUGAUUUAUCAACUAUAGCUGUGAUCGGAAAAGGAGAUAUUAACAUCAAAAUCAAUGGUGGCCUUGUGGAGACUGUUUCUGAUUUAAUGUAUGUUCCGAGCCUGAAAAUUAAUUUGUUAAGUGCUGGUCAGUUGUAA